AUGGUGGCUCACUCGAUGACAAGCAGCGCAGAGACGGCGUCUUCUUCGGGAGGUCGAGGUUCCCAAGUGGCGCUGGAGAAAGGCCCCAGGCUGAUCAAUGGCGUGAUGUACAUCAAGAUCAAGAGGUGCGAAGGGUGCGGUUUGACCAAUGCAGAUGAGAACCCCGUGACCGAUGCGAAGAGUCCCUUAUCGGCGGGCCCCACUGUGGUGUGGAAAGGCGGCACGUCGACAAACCCAUCAGGGCCGUCGUGCCAGCUCUGCUUCUUGGCUUGGGCCUUGGGGGGCUUUGCGGAUACACACGGAUGGGAUUGGACCGCCUUCGUCCGGGCCCUCAAGGAUUCCAAGGACGGCCCCCAGCUGAUGACCGAGUGGCUCGCCUGCUACAAGUAUUGUCUCGAUCAUGCUGCCGAGUUGCCGUCCCGCUGUGGAAAGCGAUACAUGGUGACGCGGAUGUCGAACCAUCACCGAUCCCAUCGUGUGUCGGAUUGGGUGUUCGCUGUUUGGGGCGGUAAGCUGACGGACGUGCGGCAGGCCGCGGUGAAAUCGUUCAAGACGACGCAGAAGAAGACUAAAGUGCCGUACAUGCUCAAGGAAAAAGAACUAUUCGAGCAGCAGUUCCCUGGGCGGAUCGAGAGGGAGGGGCUGAAGGUCCAAACCAAGUUCCUCGAAGGCAAGUGGAGGGAGGUCGUUGCUAUCCGACAGAUCGAGGAGGGCGCCUGGAUGCUGGAUCUGGAGGAGAUCGUUGGGGCCACGGUGGAGGAGACGCACUUGGAGGCUGGGACCGCGAUCCGCGCCAACCAAGCCCAGGAUACCUUCCAGCACUUGGCGAAGAAGGCCCGCUUCACCAAGGAGGAGCAGGAGGGCGCUGCGUCAUUCCAAGCGGCCGCUGUGCCUGAGGAAGACGAGGCGCCAAAGGCUGAGAUUGGUGAGGAGCCUGGCAGCGAUGCGGAGUCCAACGACGACGGGCUUGAUGAUCUCGCGAUGCUCACGUCCUGCGUCCUCGACGAGGCGACGGACCCUGCCAAGGCGAAGCCGACAGCGACAAAGAGUGCUGGUACAUCCAGCGGCGCCACUGGGGUGAGGGCGCAGGGCCGGCGGCCGACCACGACCGGUGGCGGUCCGCCUCCAACUCCUCCGUCUGUCAAGCGCGACAGAGUCGCUGAGGCGCUCGCAGAUGCCACUGCAGUUGCGUCUCCUCAAGAGUCCGAUGAGCUUCAGCAGGUGCGGAAGAAGUUCAGAGGGAAGACUGCAGACGAGCUUCUCGAACCCCAUGGGUGGAAACUGCUCCAGGACAGCGUGGAGAAAGCGAAGGUGAACAUGGAGGCGGCCCCCUUCAACACUCCACUCCUGGGGCCUCAACGUGACUCCUUCGAAAAAGCAAAUAAGGACAUGAGGAAGGAGAUGGGCGUCACCCAGAAGGCGAUUGUGUCAUUGGACAUCAAGACGAAGAAGUGGGUCGGGUGUCCAUCGUGCGUCAACGUCGCUGUGGCUGGCAUUCGCAACGUGUCCAAGGCUAUCGUCGACGCGCUGGACGCCUUCGAUGUCAAGAAAUCAACUCAGACUCAUGGGGGUGACUCUACUCGGAUGGAGACCGCAAUGUCCGCCUUGGAGGACAUCAAGUUGAAGCCUUGCCCUGCAUUCAGGGUGCUUUUCUUCAGGGAGCGGGCGGCCGAUCACAUCCGCUUCAAGCACUAUGACGACUUCGCCUCGGUCGUCGGCUCCACCGGGUAUUUGCACGAGCAUUUGCAGGGGGACGACUGGCGCGACCAGAGGUUCAACAUCGCUGCUGAUGUGAUCGUCGAAGCCAUCCAGGUCACCCUCAAACAUAGCAAGCUUGCCGACGCGAGUGCGGACGACGAGAGUGCUGGAGAUUUGUUGUAUGCUCUCACCUUAGGACCCAACAAGCUCGAAGCUCCAGCUGCGCUUCCAGAGAAAGAUGUGAACGACCUCAAUGUUUUGGCCAACGCUUUCAGCAGCAAGGCGUGCGAGUCGCCGACAGAGCGCGUCGAGGCCAUCAACAAGGUGAACACUAUUGACACUGGCAUCUUGACGACCAUCCUGCGCGACCCGGAAUGCAAGGCGCUCUUGAAGGCCAAGAGCGACGCGGCCACGGAACAGACUACAUCAUCCGGAUGCUCCGCAACACUGAAUUCCCACCUGGACAAGAUGAACGGGCGUAUCUAUUCAUCGGUUGACAGGGCGGAGUUCUUUCGCGCAGUCGCUCAGUUUAUCAAGCGGAUGAUUGAUGCCCCUGGCGACAAGGCCAUGGAAGUGAAGGGUAAGCGAGUAUUCGAAGUGCUGUUGAUGAAUGGCGAGAGGGGCCUCACAGAAUUGGAGAAGAAGCACGCGGCUGCAGUCGGACGCGUAGCAGAUCAGUCCUUGCCGAAAGACAAAUGCAUAUUUGAGUUGAGGGUGGCAAUGCAAGAAUCUUCCGACCUCGACAGGAAACAUCACGUCGACGUGGCAAGCAUUGUUUCCGAAUGUGUCAAACAUCACAACAUCUCUAAGGAAGCCGCUGAAGCUAGCAUUGGAUCCCUUGUUGAUGUCGCGAAGCUGAAUGAUCUAGACGCUAGGUUCCAUGCGGCUUACGCUUUGUCGGCAAGCCAGUUCGAGUUGCAGUCGGCGAUGGCCGCGCAUGCGGCUAACCCAGAUGACCCCCAGCAGCUCGGGCGCAGCAUCAGUGUUCUCGCACAAAUGCUGCACCAGGCUACCGAUGCCAAGUUCGAGGGUGUGACGUCCAAGAUCAAUGAGCUUCAGUCUUCGUUCGGCUUCAAGGAGAAAGGCGCAGCUAUGUACGCAGAGCAGAAGGCGAAGUUCCGGGACACUACCGUUCAAUUGCUGAACGCCGUGCGCGGGAUUGCGGAGGGCAAAGCGGCUGAGGAGUAUUCGGGUGCAAAUGGUGAGAAACAGCUUCACGACUUUGUGGCGAUGUGGAGCAACAAGGUGUUUACGAUCAAACAACUAGCUUCUUAUUCCGACACGCCCGUGCACGAUAGGAAAGCCUUGGACUCCGGAGUCAAGUUCAUGAAGAUCUGCAAGCAUGCCCACCUUAUCAACGUCUCAAGCACCGAUGCCUCCAAGAAGGUGGGCCACGCCAUUGAGCCGUCUUUGGUUUUCACGUUGGACGAGAUCCUCGGCGACCCAGACGCAAUCAAGCCAAUCAUGUCUUGGUUCUUCGGCAACGAUACCGACUCUGAGCGCUUCACCGACAUCGCGCGUCAGCUGUGCACGGUCACUGAGCCUAUCAAGAACAAGCAGACUGCGCUGGUGCUGGCUAACCUCGCGCAGAGCAGCGGUGGAGUUCAGGACCUGAUCAUUGACGAACAACAUUCGCCAGCUACCGAGCAGAAAUUCAUGACCCACUACUCCGCGAAAAAGAUGGAGAAGCUCCAUUCGAUGCGCGGCACGCUCAAGAAUCAAUUGGCCGAGAUGGAGUCCACGUACCUGCGCUUCAAGAUGGAAGUUCCGGAGACCGAACGGGAUGCCGCAUUGCAACUCUUGGAGUGCUCGCGUCUGCAGACGAUCAAGUACGGGCUGAUCUCGUUGUGCCGCCAUUCAGCUUCAACUUCGUCAUCCGAAACUGGCGUUGCAGUUCGCACCAGCUUGCAAUCGGCGUGGGAUGGGCAUAAGGAUAAUGAGGCUACAGUGAACUACCUCGGCGAGACUCUUGUCACUCUUGUCGCCGACACGCUUGCUGUCAAUGGCACAGAGCAGGCGGUGACUGACGAAGUCCCCGCUGGCGACGCCAAGCGCGUUCGCGCCAAGGCUGCGCCCAAGAAGCCACCGCCAUCUUCGGGCAAGGCCUCUGGCGCCAAGAAGCCGUCCAAAGGUUCCCCGGGGGCCUGA